AUGAGCGGCCGCAAGCCCAAUGCACUGGAGCAGAAAUUGCACCAGGCGGCCCUCGCAGACUCGAAGAAGACAUUAUCGCAGAAGGAAUGCGAGACUCUCAUCCCAGACAAGGCUGCCAGGGUGGAAGCAAUCAACUUUCUUUUGGGAACGGGUAUGUUCAAGGCACUGAAGGACACGAAGGGAGCGUUGUCGUUUCGUGCCGUUAUGAAGAAGGAACUUGAAGUAAAGAAGGACAUGAGUGACGAGGAGAGCAUGGUGUUGAGUCAUAUUCAAGCCUCAGGGAAUGAAGGGAUUUGGACAAAACACCUGAAAGCCAAGACCGAGCUGCACCAAACGGUCAUCGAUCGCUGCAUAAAGUCGCUCGUGCAGAAGCAGCUCAUCAAGGCGGUAAAGUCGGUGAAGUAUCCCACGCGUAAAAUUUACAUGCUCUUCCAUCUGGACCCGUCCGUCGAGAUGACCGGCGGGCCAUGGUACACCGACAACGAGCUGGACACUGAGUUCAUCAAGCUCCUCUGCAGCGCGUGUCUGCGCUUCAUCCGAGACCGCAGUUUACCAAAACAUAAAUCGCAAGACGGCGAUUCCAAAACAUCACAGCCGCUAUUUCCGAUAUCUGCAGCGCCAUCAUAUCCAACGGCGCAGCAAAUCCUCGCGUUCCUGAGCAAGAGCCGAAUUACCGAGACACAACUGGACGUCGAGCACAUCGAGAUGCUGCUCAACGUGCUCGUUCUGGACGGCGAGGUGGAGAAGGUUCCCGCAUUCGGCGCAGUGAUGUGGGAGGCGAACGUUGCGGAGGAGCGGGAAGACGAGAGCGACGAUGACGGGACGCGCUCGAGCAAGAAGCGAAAGCGGGAAGAUACGGACUCGCGCAAACGCAAACGUAGCAAGCGGAGCAAGUCCGACUCAGAGUCUAAUUCGAACUCGGACUCCGAGCGCGAGCGGAAUAAGUCUAAGAAGAGACGCCAGAAGAGACGGGAGAGCGACAGUGACGACGGUGAGUUUGAUCGCAAAGGCAAAAAGAAGAAGCGGAAGACGGAUGAGAGCGACGAGGAAGACGGCGGGAGCAGCAGUAGCGAGGACGAGAAGCACAGGCGGAAGAAGAAGGGAAAGAAGAGAAAAGAAUCGUCGGACAGGGAGUCUGGUGACUCCUCGGACGCGUCACCUGAAUCCGAGAAGAGGCGCAGUCGCAAGUCGUCACGAUCGAAGUCGAAGUCGCGCAAGCACUCAUCCUCUCCCGCGCCUGACCUCAGCUCCACAUCGAUGGUUAUGGAGGAGGAUUAUGGCGCUUACGUCUACCGCGCGAUCAAGCAAGAGAAGGUUGGCUUCGGGCUAUCCCAGGCACCCUGCGUGCGUUGCCCCACCUUCGACUUCUGCAAGAACACGGGACCGGUGAACCCGAAGGAGUGCGUGUACUACGGGAAGUGGCUCACCACCAUUCCUGUCGCAAGGGAGUAG